AUGACCUUUAGCAGCAUAGAACCAGAAUUAGAACUUCCUUUAGCGUACAAACAUAGGCAGCACCUUUUUGUGACGCUUGACAACGGUCUCAGAUGCUUUUUAAUCAAUGAUACAUCAACAGAUUUGGUAUCAGGGUCCCUUUUAGCAGGAACCGGAAACUUCUCAGAUCCACAAGAAGUUCCUGGAGUAGCCCACUUGGCAGAACAUAUAAUGAUGAGGGCCUCAAAGAAGUCCGAUAAAUUGGAAAACCUCAUUGUCUCUUCGGGGGGUGAUUUCAAUGCCUACACAUCUGCAGAGAAAACUUGUUUCUACUUUGAGAUAUCAACUUAUGCUGAAAAUACGAUCGAUAGUGAAAAAUUCGUUUUAGACUCCUUAUUAGCAGCUCUAGCCAAUCGUAUCCAGAAACCUCAAAUUAACGAUAAGUAUAUCAAACAAGAAAUCGUCUCAGUAGACGAUGAACACAAUGGCAAUGGAACCAACGUGGAAAAACUCUUUUUGCAUUCCUUGAAGCUUCUAGCUAACCCAGACCAUCCCUUCAGCCGCUUUGGUUGUGGGAACAGCACAACUUUGAAAAGCGUUCCUACUCCCAAAAUCAAAUCGUUGGUUUCAGCUCAUAUUAAUCAACACUUUAAGCCUCAAAAUAUGGUUUUAGUGUUGAAAGGUCCUCAAACUUUAAUUCAUUUGAGGAAAAUGGUCGUUUCUAACUUUUCCGCUUCUGAAUGGGGCCGGAAUAACUCUCUCCCGUCGUCUCCUAAAACUAUUCGCUCGAGCUUUUCCUUUUUCGAGGACUAUACAACAGCCAGACUUUUUGGAAACCAUAAUUGUCUUCUCAUCAAAACUGAUGUGACAAAGAAAAUAAGGUUAUUUUUUCCAUUGAAAAGAAUACGACACUUGGUCGAUUAUCAGCCUGUGCUGAGGUUGCUUUGUAGCUUAAUUGGUGACGAAUCCUUAGAUACGGUUUGUGACUACUUGAAACGGAGACUUCAAUGGGCAAAUCAAGUUUACGUAUUUCUUCAGGAAAUUUGCAAGGAUGAAGAAAUGUUGAUAAUUGAAGUGGUUCCUACUAUUCAAGGGCAGAAAAAGGAGGUAGAAAUAAAAGAGACGAUACUAUUUUACAUUGAAAACACCAUAGCAAAUGCUUCAAAAGACCAGAUCAUGGAAUUGGUAUAUCAUUAUGAUCAUAUUGAAAGGUAUCUUUUCUAUUCCCGAAAGCCCACCAUAUCGUCUACAGAAGAGGUAUGUUCGUACGCUGAAAGCUUAAUAUCAGGAGAGCUAGAUAAAGAAUUGAUAAAAGGGUUCAAGGAAUGGACAUAUAUUGAACAUGCUUAUGAUGAUUUGCAGCUAGCCUUAAAAGAGUGCUUGACCACAAAUAAUCUCAAGAUGGUAGUUCUUGGUGAUGUCAUGAGAUAUUUGAAGAUGGGCUCGACAAAUGUCAAAAUUGGCAAAGACCCUUUCUUCCACUUCGAAUACAUUCUUCUGACUGUGAGCUUUGAGCAAAGCACAAAGUUCAAUUUUAAGCUUUCAACGCCGAAAAAAAUGGUUGAAAAAUGGGCACCUCUUCCAUGCAAAGAGGUUGCCCUUGGGAAAAUGAGUAAAAUCAGAGACUUCAAGUCUAGUUCACGUUCGCCCAUUCUUCAAUUUUUUGAUGAUUCUAUGGAGCUAUGGUUAGAAGAGUCAGAAGAAGAAAGCGAGAAUACUAACAUCAUUGUUGCUUCAAUAUGUAUUAAAUUUCCACAAGUGUCGGCCACAACAAGAAAUUCAGUUAUACUUGAUUUGCUAACAGAAAUAGUUGGACGUGAAUUGAAACCAACAUUAUAUCACUUGGAAAUGAUUGGAAGCGAAUGGGGAAUUUACAGCAAUGUCAACGGAUCUAUAUCCAUAAUGGUGAAUUGCACUGCAACUAAACAAGCACUUUUGAUUCUCACAAGAGAAAUACUAGCCAACAUUAAGAGGGUUUUCAAAGCUGGAAAAAAUUAUAACUACCAUCAACUCAAGGGCCCACGAAAAGUUUUGAGAGAGAAGUAUGAUGAAUACGUGAAAACUUCGGGAGUGAGAAAAGUAUUCGGGGCUUCUUACAUGAUUUUGGAGGAAAAUUUGCAUUCGCCCGAGGAGAGGGUGGAGGCAUUGGAACUACUUGACACCAGUGAUAUUGAAGAAUUUUUGAGUAUUGUUGACAGAAGUGCAUCCUAUUCGUCCAUUUUAAUCAGUGGUUCAAUGGAUAAGGAUGAAUGCAUCACCUUUUCACAACUAGUAAAAUCUUCAUCAAAGCCUAAUUCGAGCUUCACUUCUUUGGAGAAUUCAAGCAUUAUCCUUGGUAAUGGUACCCACGUUUUUGAGAUGCUGGAUGAGUCUCUUUCUGCUGUAAUGUACUAUCUUCAAGUGGGCGAACGUGUUAACACUUACGCGUUCACUAUGGCAAAAGUGAUUGAGCACAUCUUGAAUGUAACAGCAACUGAAGAACUCCGAAUGAAAAGGGAACUAGCGUAUGGGUACUUCACAGGAAUAAGAAUUUUCAGAAGAACUUUUGGCAUAUACAUGCUUGUGCCCUCCGGCAAAUACAGUUGCAACCAUAUUGUCCACGAGCUUGAAGACUAUUUGAAGUACAUUGAGUUCACCAUGGAUGAAAUGACUGAGAGGGACUUUCAGAAUCAAAUCAUGAAGCCAUUCAUGGAGUCUUUAGACAAAGACAACAGCGACAAUACUUUUCCAUCUGGUCUUUUUGCUGUAUUGGAACCGCAACAUGGUUCUGGACCUAAGCCUACAUCUGACUUCUUCAAAGAACACUGGGGCCACUUAGACCAGAUUCUAAAUGGCACAUAUAACUUCCAAAGCAGACAUUGUGAGGAAGAAAUCAGUUUGGCCGUAUUACAAAGUAUCACACGACAAGAGGUAUACCAAUUCAUUCGAACAUACAUUUCAACUGCUUCGUCACAGAGAGCAGCUUUAGUCAUCUGCACAGAUGCUAGCAAGUCUGAGAAACGAAGGAAAAUGGUGGCGGAAACAUUGGCCAGUCAGCUUCAAAAACUGGGAUGUACUACAACUACGGAAGAUAUGAUGUGUGUGCUCUCUGAGUGUGAGGAUCAGCAUACGUUUUCAGAUAUGAUCAAACCUCUUCAAAAACACUUUACGGAAAGAAGACAGGGGGCAAGCUUUAUGAAGUUCAGGCUCAAGUAUGUUAUGGGAAGCACAAUCAGACGAACUAGAGAUGGCAUAAAAAGCAGAAGUAAAAAGAGAAGCGAGCCAGACCGGCGCACAUACAACGAUUUCAGAGAGAUUCAAAGACAAGGUAGCAUAGCACAAACAGUUGCUUUCCAUCAAAGAAGGGAACGUCUCGAACGGAUCCUUUUGCAAGAAAAUAGUGGAUUCUAA